UUCAAAAUGGUAGCGGAAUAAAGAAAGUUUUCCGAAGAUUAGGUACGUUAAGCUUGGAUUUACCUUCAUAGAAAAAGACAAGUUACAAUUGCCUCAGUGUGUGAUAUGUAUGAAGGUUUUAAGUAAUGAUAACAUGAGGCCCAAUCGCCUUGAAAGGCAUUUGAAGCAACAACAUCCAACUCUGGUUUUGAAGACGAAAUAGUUUUUUUCUUCUAAAGCAGAAUCACUCAAGCGGAUGAGACUGGAUCAAUCGGGAAGUUAUCACACAGCUUCAUUUGAAAUAGCUUUUAUGAUAGCAAAGCAAAAGAAACGUCAUACUAUCGGUGAAGAAUUAAUAAAACCAUGUGUCCUAAAAGCCACGCAGAUAAUUUUGGGAGAAGAAGCACAGCAAAAAAUGAAGUCUAUUUCUCUUUCGAAUAACACAGCCAAGCGUAGAAUCGAUGACAGCAGACAUAAAGUCAGAAAUAAUUAAAAAAGUACAAUUAUCGCUAUUUUUUGCCAUUAGUUGCGAUG